AUGUCUGAGCUCAACGAACAUAGCUGUGGCCCGGAAGGGCUACCUUUAUAUGUCAGGCGGUAUAACUAUCGAAAAGAAAACUUCUCUCAAAUCGUUGAUAUCGAGCGAAAGCGCCUUCGCCGUUCAACACAUUCUAUCAAAACCAUGUCCAAUACAAUAUACAAUGAUGGAAACUUAGAUGCUUUAGAGAAACCUGAAGAUGUGAGUGAAUAUAUCAUUUUCUCCAUUGAUACGGCUACGCACGAUCUUGACUUCCUAAAUCCGAAUGUCGAACCUAAACUUGGUAUCCGCACUAUAUUCGAUCAAAACAUUGAUUCACUAGCCGUCAAAUUAUUAUUUCACGAACACAAACAGAUAUCUCUUGCUUUUCAUACGGCUAUUUUAGAGGUCUUGGGUCCGAUAGGCCUCAAAAAAUCUAUCUAUCUCUACAGUAGUACCACGCUUACUGUGGCCAACGGGUCUAAGCAACCAGAUAGGGCGUGGGGCCUAAAAAGACCACCAAUUAGAAGCCCGCGAAGACCAACUGUGGUAGUUGAAGUAGUAAUUACUGAGACGCACACCAAGUUGAUUCGUGAUAUUGGCCGGUGGCUCGACCCAAUCGAUGGUCUCGCGAAGGUCGGACUAGCCAUAAAAGCAGACCGAAGGAAGCCCAAGAUUACCAUCAAAAGAUGGCAGUAUAAAACCGCCAAGGCAGAGAUCGAAAAUGUUCAAACUAUCGAGAUGAUCGAAAGCAGUGAAGGUGACGAAGUCACACUAACCGCUGGCCCACUUCUCAUUCCGUUCCACCUUUUUUUCCUCCGACCUGCAGAAACUCCUAGGGAGGGCGACAUAAUCAUUGAUGAGAAUGCGCUCAAGGAGAUCGCCCAAGAAAUCUAG